CUCAACCCUCCAGCUGCUGCAGCGAGACAACUUCCUUCUGUCACAAUGGGGAAGACACGUGGAAUGGGAGCUGGUCGUAAACUUAAGUCCCACCGUCGGAGGCAGAGGUGGGCUGACAAGUCUUACAAGAAAUCUCAUCUUGGUAAUGAAUGGAAAAAGCCAUUUGCAGGAUCAUCUCACGCCAAGGGGAUUGUUCUUGAGAAAAUUGGUAUUGAAGCUAAGCAGCCUAACUCUGCCAUUAGAAAGUGUGCUCGAGUUCAGUUGAUAAAGAACGGGAAGAAGAUAGCUGCUUUUGUACCCAAUGAUGGUUGUUUGAACUACAUUGAAGAGAAUGAUGAGGUGUUGAUUGCUGGAUUUGGUCGUAAAGGACAUGCUGUGGGAGAUAUUCCUGGUGUUAGGUUCAAGGUUGUGAAGGUGUCUGGUGUUUCACUUUUGGCUCUCUUCAAAGAGAAGAAAGAGAAGCCCAGAUCUUAAUUAUCACUUUCUGGUCAAAAUGCAAGUGUGUUCUGAAUGAAUUUUUGUUAGGAUACAAAAUACCAUUUUCUUUUCUAGUAUAGUUUGUCAUGCCUGUCCAUGAAUAUAUCUAGGACAUUUGUUUCACCUUCUGAAAAUGAAUUGAAUGAUCCGUGGAAUUUUGGAUCAAGUUGUUGGAAGUUGAAAGCAAUUAGUUUUCCUUCCUACUAUAAGAGUACUUUUUUGAA